GCCGAACUGGCCGCCGUUGGGCGUUUUCCCUCUCCCACCUCCCGGCUCUAGCUUCCCAGAUCCCCUUUCUUGCUGAUAGAAACUUGUAUCUGUGACUGAAUUCCUUGUAUCCAUUAUCCAUUGAGUAAUUUGUAUCUAGGUUCGUAUCAUUUGGUAUUCAGAGCCAGUCCACCACCUCCCACCUACAAAAUUUCCCCACCAUCGUCACCAUGAGCAGCCUAGCUGAGCAAUUCAAUCGGAUCCGGGACGCUGUGCGUGAGUUGAUGGAGUUGGUCGGCACAGAUUCUGAAAUCAUCAAGUCUCCCGUGCAAGAGCCAAUGACUGAGGAGAUUGCGGUUGACCACGACAACGUCAUUGCCGGUCUUGCACCUGCGGUGAGUAUCCCCGACGCCAGCCUCGACGUUGGCGUUGACGAGGCCGUGCCUCAUGUCAUCUCACCACCAACCAUCAUCAUCGAGGAGGCCGCUGAGGUCGUCCUUUCUGCUACCAGCAGCUCAUGCUCCUUGUUGCAUGCCAUGUGGUCGACAGAAUACCCAAGCCAGAAGGGUGCCACAUUGGCUUCUGUGUUCACCCCAGCCGCAACACCUACGUCGCUCACGGCCACGGUCGUCGUCGUCCCCUUGCUUGCUGCACCUGCGGCAAGCGGCGGAACCCUCGACAGUAGCCACAACGGAAGUGGCCUAGGAAUGCUGCCCCUGACUCCGUGGAGUGUGUCUGCAUCCUUCACUGAGUCUCCGGGGCUCUGGCCAGCCCAGCUGUGCUGGUUGUCUGUUCUCCUCGUGCUGGACACCAAGUCGUCCUCAAGGUGUUCGACAACGUGCCUCAUCAACCACACCGAGUUGUUCAUGUACAUGUCCAUCGUAUAUGUGAUCCCGAGUAUCAUGCGACCGAGACAAGGGCUACGACCAAGGCCAUGGCCUUCCUUCAUCGGUGACCAAGCUGCACAUGGCAAACUGGAGGAAACAAUGACAGACGGUUUUCGAGUCCUGGGAACACGACGCUCUUCAAGUAGUACUCUCAGGAAGGAUUCUUAGAAAAAAUCGUUGCUACCUUGUCAUCAAAGGUGCUCCGGCAGGUACCAUGGCCAUUCAUUGUGUGCAGCCAUGUAUGUACCGUGUUGCAGUUGGAUGAAUUUAGGAGCCUCAUGAAGAUUUCUUCAGCUGGUAUGCCCAGACAACACUCAGUUGAAUUUCUUACUGGAGAUGAGCUAGUAUUGGGUUGUCCUGUAGAGCCACAAUCAAUUUCCUCCUGGGAGUAUUUGCAAUAUAAGUUGCUGCAGCCGUGGACUCCAUCACUUCAAACAAAUUUCAAGAAUGAGGCCUUACAGGAAGAGAAAAUGGUGGGUUUCAUGGUGGCAUUAAUAGGACAGAUGCAUUGGCUUCUUUGGGACUACUUCUCAUUUGAUGAAAAUUUUAGUGUGCCACAUGUUGCCCAAAGAGUUCUGUGUGUCACAUCACCAUGGGGUCCCGGUGUUCACAAAAAUCCAAUGACGAAUCACAUGGGUUGGCUGGAACUUGAGAUAGCCGCCUUGAUGACUAUUGUGAAGGCUGAGUUCAUAAGUAGCGGCCUACAGAUUCAUCCCAGUGAGAAUGCUCAAGUAAAUUUCCCCUGGUCCAGUUGUUACUUAUUUCUUCAGGUUGGAAAGUUGCAGAAUGUUAUGGUGAAGCUCAACACUUGGCCCUCUGGAGGAUGGUUCUUAUCGGCUGUGACAUUCUCACCAAAUCUGCAUGCAAUUGUGUGCUGCAACAAGGCAGUAAGCAUUCAAUCUCUCGUUGUUGCCCUUCAUAUGGCUGAAUGCUGUGGUGUGUUAAUCUCAGUUAUAGUCACUCACACCAUAUGGUUACACAAACUGGUAUUCCCUGAUGGUAGCCUGGUAUACACGCAAGUCAGAACUGGGAGCAUUUUAUUCAUUUGGACCUCUCAGGGAGCUCAUAAAGACAAGGGAUAUUUUUCUGUACAGCUGCCUUUGGUGGAUCAAGAGCUAUGGAGGAGUGCGGAAUAUUGGCGGUCAGAUAUUCAAGGUUUGCUGUUGGCCAAUACAAUUUUAGAAGAUUCUUUCUGGCCUGGGCAACAUAUCAUUGAAGCAUGCCUUGCGAGCCCUUAUCACAGGUUCAUGGGCGCAAUUGAUGUCGAGUGGCUCUACACCCAUAAUUCUUAUGGAGAACUUACAGUAGUUGACAACCAGCUGAAGAGUAAAGAGAUUGUCACAACUCGGCCAGUCGGUUCUGAUGAGUUUAAAUGUCUGGAGGCCUUGUCGAGUAUUCUACAUUGCACUGAUAACUAUUUGCGAGUAAUUAUGUUCGAUGAGAUUGAGCCGCAGCUUACUGUGCAUUGGAUGAAAUUUGUAGUUCAGGGCAAGACUAUUGCUGUAUCCAACAUCACCAAGUCCUCAAUGGUAUGUACUCCCGUCAAUCACCUAUGUUUGGAGGAAUAUCUAGUUUGUCCAAGUCACAACUUCUCUAUUGCACCUGAACUUACAUUAUGCAAGAGCGGAAAGUUGGAGUUUAACAACAGGAUUUCCUAUAUGGCGGAGCAGUACACUGAGGUUAAUUCUUAUAUGACGAAAAUUGGACUGCAUUCCUUGUUUGUGAGCAUCAGCGCAGUAGAGCGAACCUCUCAAAGGAAUAACCCCAUUCAUCAAAUGGUCGAGCAGCGAUUGUCAUUUCCUGCAAGUACCAAGCCAGCACACAUACAAGCUGCAGUUUGUGAGAAUCAAGGAGUGUACUCCUUAUUCUGCAAUUGCUCAUGUGGCAAUCCCAACACUAUUGCUAUUGGGGUUGAGUGCUCUGACAGGCAAGGAGUGUACCCCCACAGCAAAAUUAUUUUGGACUAUCAUAGUAGGCUUGGUUGUCUGAAUCUUGGGUUUCUGUCAACAUGGCCAGAUGUCUCAACGGUUCAAAUUAACGUGUUACCUUGCACUGAACUUAGCUCCUAGAAACAUCCAAUGCCAAGUGUGGACCAGCUGAUGUUGAAGAGCUCCUAUGGAUGCCUUGUUCUUGCAAACACUUCUCCAAAAAUAAUGCUCGAGUGCUCUGCUACUGAGUUGGUGAGCUGCAAACUCUCAGAGGCUCAUGCCACAGAGUUCUAUAUCAAUUGCUCGAUACAUUUGAGGUUUGAAUUCAGUCCCUUGAUGGUUUGGAAGAUUGCUUGGGUGCUUGGUUCUGUGUGUACUAUUGUUGCAUACAACUCCCAGUGUGCAGUCUUUACAAGACUGAAUGGUUGGCAUGUGAUGGGUCAACCAAGUGCUCUCAAGUGUAUCUCCCUGAGCGGCAAGCAAAAUUUGAAGGACGGAGGAGUCUUAUGCUUAUGGACAUCUUCCUCGAUCAAGUCUACAUCAGCCACGAGAACUACUUCGACAUCAACCAAGUCCGUGCCAACAACGACUACUACCUCAACGACGCUAGCGUCUUUGAACUUGAUCAAGUCUACCUCGAACAUGGCUACUACCGUGAAGGAUAUCACCACCGCUCUGGCAGUUCCAUGGGACCCGGGCAUAAAUUCUUCGGUGUCGGCUUGGGGUCAAGCCAAGUUUCAAGAAGGGAGGAAUGUCACGGGAACUACUUCAUCAACCACAACCAAAGAGGCUCAAUGCCGGCCCACGAGGCCCAAACAGACUGCAAAGCCCAACCCGAGGAGGCUUGACCUGAUAUAUAGAGGAACACAUCGAUUCAGGGAAGGAUGGAAGAACUGGAACCCGAACUGGCCGCUGUUGGGCGUUUUCCCUCUCCCACCUCCCGGCUCUAGCUUCCCAGAUCCCCUUUCUUGCUGAUAGAAACUUGUACUCCCUCCAUUCCCUUAUACAAGGCCACAAACUCAAAUUACAUGUACCUAGGUAAAAUUUAAUGACUACUUUGCAAGCCAACUUUUCUUCUUGUUAACUGGGAUCAUUAAUAUGCCCGUAUGCAUGCAAGGAAGGAAUGAGAAGGAAGUAGCAUAGUGUCAUUAUGACUACAUACAUGCAAGUAUUAAACAAGUUGCUAGUAUGAGAAAACAUCAUUAAAUUUUGCUUCGGUUA